AUGGCCGAGUCCCAGCUCGGCUGCCUGGACGAGGCGCACGUGAACGAGAAGGUGACCGCGGCGCAGGCAUCCUUCUACUACUGCGAGCGGCGGCGGGCCGCGCUCGAAGCGCUGCUGGGCGGCGGCGAGCAGGCCUACCGCGAACGGGUCAAGGAGGAGCAGCUGCGGGACUUCCUCUCCAGCCAGGAGCGUCAGGCCCUCGGCGCAGCCUGGAGCCCCUACGAAGAAGUCGCCGCCGCCGCCGCCGCCCGGGGCAAGAGCAAGGCCGUGGCCGAGACCCCAACGCAGGCCGCGGCCGAGUCCGGCGAGUCCCUGGCCUACUGGCCCGACCGCUCCGACACCGAGGUGCCCCCGCUGGAGCUGGGCUGGACCGAAUCUUGCUUCUACCGCGGCGUGAGCCGCGUCAGCCUCUUCACUCACCCCCCUAGGAAGGAGAAGGCGCCCCACCUGAAGCAGGUGGUCCGGCAGAUGAUCCAAGAGGCCCAGAAGGUCAUUGCUGUGGUCAUGGACCUCUUCACUGAUGGUGAGAUCUUCCAAGACAUCGUGGAUGCUGCCUCCAAGCGCCGAGUCCCCGUGUACAUCAUCCUGGACGAGGCAGGCGUGAAGUACUUCCUGGAGAUGUGUCAGGGCCUGGAGCUCUCUGACUUCCGUAUUCGGAACAUCCGUGUCCGCUCUGUGACAGGUGUUGGCUUUUACAUGCCCAUGGGGAAGAUCAAGGGGACCCUGUCAUCCAAGUUCCUAAUGGUAGAUGGUGAAAAAGUAGCCACUGGAUCCUACAGAUUCACCUGGAGUUCCUCCCACGUGGACAGGAACCUUCUCCUCCUCCUGACGGGGCAGAACGUAGAGCCCUUCGACGUGGAGUUCCGGGAGCUGUACGCUGUCUCCGAGGAGGUGGACUUGUACCAGCAGCUGGGCCUGGCAGGAGGCGCUGGCAGGCUGGGCCUCAACUACGCCUCCACGGUGGCUCGCAAGCUAAUCAACCCCAAGUACACCCUGGUGGCAGGCGGCCGCCACCCACCUGGGGAGAUGAUGCGCUGGGCUGCCCGGCAGCAGCGGGAGGCCGGCAGCAAUGCAGAGGGGCAGGAGGAGGGCAGCAAGGGCGGCGAGUCAGCACGGCGCCUGGAGAGUUUCCUGCACGACCUGGUCACGCUGGAGCAGGUGCUGCCCCCCGUGGAGCCCGUUCUCUCGGGAGAGCUGAGUCAGGAUGGCAGGGUGGUCUCCCACCUGCGUGUGGACCUGAAGCCCAGACCCCGGGAGGCCCUUGCCCGAAACGGCAGGGGAGAAGCUGCCAACGGGGAGGCCACCGCGGCCAAGGAGGGCAGGCGCUUCAGCAGCAGGUUCUUCAGCCGGCGGUCCAAGAGGCCCGCAGCGCCCAAUAGCACGGCCGGUGCCCUCUCCCCCGAGGCCUUGGCCGAAGCGGAGUUUGUGACGGGGAAGAGGCCCAACCAGGGCUCCAGUGACGUCUCAGGUAAAACAAGUUCCAGUCCUGCCAAGGCCAGCAAUUGUGUGAUUUUGUGAGCUGCGGGCCAGCUGUCGGCAGGACCUGUGGAUGCCCCCAUCCUGUCCUGUGGAGACACAGGUCAAACCCUGCACCAAUUUGCACAUCGGACGCCUACUGGCCUCCUGCCCCAGCAGCCUCCAUCCUGGCCUCAGGGACCCUGUAUCCCAGAUGUGAGGGUCUGCAGCAUCUCAAGACAAUCACACGCCUCCACAAGACUGUCAUGGCCGGGCAGGGGGUCAGCCU